UGAAAGGCUAAAGGACAAACAGAGGUUUCUUUUUGUCCAAACCGUCGGAUGAGAAAGACUUGAAUCCAGCACAAUGAGAGUAUGUAUGGGCCGGCGCUCCCGGACCUUGCGUGCUUGGCUGGCUAUUUUAUUCCUCACUCUCCAAUUGCUCUUGGUUUUGAUGGUGCUGUCCAUGAACCAAGCUCCCUGUGAAUCCCUUUCAAACCCGGACACCCAGGCCUCCAUCAGCGUCUCCAUACACAACGCAUCCACAUCAGUGAGCGAGGUAGCCACAGCAGGAAGUGACAUCAUGGAAGUGGAAUUAAAAGGUGCAGCAGAAGACCUCGCCAAACUCGUUGCUCUGUUCUCCCACCCCUUGUAUAAUUUGCCCACCCCACCGGUGCCUGAUGGUGACUGGCUGUUGAAAGUUCGAACAAAGACGAAGAAGGAACUGCAUAGCACGCAACAGUGGCUGAGUUCCAAUGAGGACGGUUAUGAUCCAGUCCAGUGGAACUCCAGCACUGAGACACAUCCACCCUGGCUACGCUUUCACCUUGGUAUAUCACGCUGGCAGAUGUAUGGGCACAAAGACCACAACCUGCCAAUGCUGAUUCAGCAACUGGCAGCCCAUCGCAUCGUGAGUGCCGUGCAGAAAUCUGGCGGGACACAGCUGAAGUUGGCGAUGUCAUUUCCUAAUUACGGACAGGCCCUCUUCAAACCCAUGAAACAGGAUCGCGAUGAGGAGACCGAUGUGAAUCUGUACUACUUCUCUGACUUUGAGAGGCACAAUGCAGAGAUCUCAGCGUUCCACCUGGACAGGAUACUGGGAUUCAGAAGAAUCCCUCCGGUGGUCGGAAGACUUGUCAAUAUAAUUAAAGAGAUCAAAGACAUCACCACAGAUCAUAAACUCGUCAAAACUUUCUAUACUUCCCCAGCUGGAAAUUGGUGUUUUCAUGGCCAGUGUUCUUAUUAUUGUUCUCCGGAGCAUGCCAUUUGUGGGCGUCCACACAUGAUAGAGGGCUCUAUGGCCGCUAUGUUGCCAGACCUGUCUUUGGCAACUCGCCGCUCCUGGCGGAGCCCGUGGAAACGGUCCUACAGCCGGAGCAAGCUGGCAAUGUGGGAGACGGACUCCAACUACUGUGAUUCAGUGAAAACAACUCCUCCAUAUGAUCAAGGCACACGAUUGGUGGAUCUGAUAGACAUGAGCAUUCUUGAUUUUCUCAUGAGUAACAUGGAUAGACAUCACUAUGAAACAUUUGAGAAGUUUGGCAAUGACACAUUUCUUAUACACUUAGACAACGGAAGAGCGUUUGGACGUUAUUCUAAAGAUGAACCCUCUAUACUGGCUCCCCUUGAGCAAUGUUGCAGGGUUCGUCGUUCGACCUUGCUUCGUUUACGUCUGCUCUCUCUCCCCCAGUAUCGCUUGAGUGACGUCAUCCGUGCUUCUUUGUCUCAAGAUCCCCUUGCAUCCGUGGCCCCACUCCUCACUGAGCCACAUCUAUCUGCUCUCGACCGUCGCCUAGCAACAGUCAUUCAAACCAUUCAUGACUGUUUACAGCAGCAUCAAUGGGACAGUGACGUUAUAUAUGAUGACAUCACCGAUUACAAUGGCUAA